AUGCGCGUAUCCGCCACUACUAUUCUCGCCCUGCCGCUGCUUGCGACAGCGGCGGAGUCGCCCUUCGAGCAGUACAAGGCGCAGUUCCAGAACUUCCUGAGCUCCUUUGGCGCGUCCGCCCCCAGCGCGGAUAAGCCUGCCGCUGCCGCACCCGAUGCUGCGGCGCCCGCUGCGACGUCCGCCGACAAGAAGAUUUCCGUCCUGACCGUUGAGAACUGGAAGGAUGUUCUCUACGAGCCUGUCAAGGCCGAGGCCACGACUCCUGAGGAGUGGUGGGUCCUGAUCACUGGCGGCAACAAGACUUGCUUUGGCCACUGCAACAAGAUCGAGGCCGCAUUCAACGAGAGUGCGUCCAAGUUCGCCAAGCUUCCCGAAUCCCCCCACCUGGGUCUUCUCAACUGCGACGACCAGCCCGUCCUCUGCAACGGCUUGUCCGCAGGCACUGCGUCCAUCUGGUCCAUCGGCAUGCUGCCCGCUGGAUCCGAGGUCGACAUCUACAGGAAGCGCCUCAACGUUACGACCACCACCUCGGACGACAUCGUCGACCUGUGGAAGAAGAAGUCCAAGGAAGACUGGCUCCUGACGGAGACCAUCUUCCACCCCUUCAACAGCUUUGUCGGAAAGAACAACCUGUCCAUCCCCGUUGGAUACUUCUUCUGGGCCUUCAGCCUCAUCCCCAACUGGCUCUUCAUGCUCAUCGUUUCCUUCGGCAGCCGUACCCUCAUGAACCGCCGCAUGAACAACACCCUCGAUACCCGCCAGAACGCCGCUGCCGGUGCUCCCCCCGCCGCCGCCCCCGCUGGUGGUGUUGCGCGGUAA